AUGGCCGCCGAAAGUCUCUCCCCUGAGGAAAAAGCCUUAGAGGAUGUUUUGAAAAAGCUCCGAAAAGACUCGGCUGACAAUUUCAUGCUCUUGGGAUUCUACUCUCUUUUUGGAACCUCUUGCCUCAAUGAAAUGCUUCUCCGUGCCGCUACUGACCGCAAAGCGAAGUUGUCAAGGCAUGACGAAAUCCAAUUUCCAUGGGGAAAUGCGUGGCUUUUGCCGGACAGUAAAUUCGAUGGUUCAAGUUGCAAUGAAGCAUUCGCAAAUUUGCAACAACUCGAGCUUGUGUACAGUUCGGUCACGUUCGAAGUAUCCGGUGUGAAAAUAAACACGUUUUCAAUCAAGAAAGGAGCUUGCAAAUUGAUUCUAGGCUUACUCGGAACAAGAUGUGCAGAGGAGCUAAUCCUGAUUGCUGUAGAUGGGCUCCAGUAUCUCAUAUCUCAUCUUUCAGACUACUUUCCCACGUCGCCCCCCCCUCCGGCGAUAUUUCAGUCUCACAUUCAAGCCCUGUGGUCUCACGUGGAACACCCAUGGAAGAAUGUGACAGAGGUGCCUCCCAGUCCUGUUAAUUUUCGCAAGUUGUCAAUCAAAUCUCUCCAGAUGUUUGUUUCAUAUUUCCGCCUCUCCUCUGAGAAUGAAGCCCGUGCUACUGAGGCCUACAAAUGCAUGUCCGAACUUUUGAAGGAUCUUCCAGAGAGCGGCGCCAAUCAGAAAUUUGGAGUAAACAGACCACUUCCUUCUAUGGGGCAGAUUGAACAAGAUCUGCCUAUGGUACCAUUCAUAGCGUUGAAAGAGGCAAAGUCAUUCUUGAAAUAUGAAUUGAAAACCGAGGGUGGUAGCGACAUGCAAGUAAUCAAUGACAACAUGCGAUUGCUCUGGUUAGAGUGCGUGGGAUAUCUCUACGGAAAGGUGGGGGAGGAUACCAAAGCAAAGUGGUUUCUUGAAUGUGUGCAGAAGGUGCGGAAGCGUUCUUCGGGUGAUGGCUUGGGAGCUAUUUGGACUCGUGAGGAUAAGAACGCAAUACAGCAGAGAUUGAAGGUGCGUCUUCAGCGGGAGCUGGAGCUGGAGCGUGAUCGGCGUUGGUCCUACCUUGAUGACCACAUGCCAACAUGGGGCGAGGAAGAUAAAGAAGUUCUGUCUCCUCGAGGCAUUUGCUCUUUCCAGUAUGUCUAA